UCACUUAUGUAGAUUAUCUUUUUUGUGAAGUCCGAUAUAUUUAAUGAAGGAUAAAGGAUGCCUAGAGGACCGACAAGAAGAUCCAUAUGGGUACCACUUUAGGGGUUCGAGAAAGAUCAUCAUCACCCAAAAUAUGGCGUCUGGAUCAAAGCACUUUCAAGAAAGUUUAAUGGCUGAUGGAGUUAGGCACCUGAGAUUCAAUGCUGUUCUAAUUCCUGCCCAUUCUGCCUGUGAUCUCACAAAGAGCGUCAGCCACCUGCCGAAUCGGAAGCCAUGCCUUGGUCCUUGAUAUUUUCCAAAAAGGCCGUAAGUGAGCUGCCAAUCUCUUCAGGACCGCGAUUUCAUUGGUAUUUUGUCCAGUCGUCGAAAAAACGUUUACCAUUUAGUUGCUGUGUUGAUAUCAAAUGUAUUCCUAGAUUGUAGCAUACUUGUCGUAAAUAGAAGGCUUUACUUGUAGAAAUUUUCGGCAAGGGAAGCGUUUUUUGUAGUAAAUCAAAUGUGAC